UUCGCUAGGGGCUUGUUGAAGUAGCCAACUGACAGACCGACGAAAACAGUCGGAGGACGCUAUGUUCGUUUUGGGACGUCCCUCUCCUCACUGAUUGACAAUGCCGGGAACUGUGAAAGAUUUUUCAGUGAGCUAUGAUGCGGUAAACGAAGAGAACACGUUCACCUGUGGUGAUUGUGUUAAAGGACGCGUGGUCCUGCAGCUAGGAAAGGAAGCCAAGAUAGAAUAUUUGUUCAUUAAAGUCAAAGGAGACGCAGACGUCCGCUGGACCGAACGACACGGCGAUGACGACCGAACAUAUUCAGCCCACGAGAGAUACUUCAAAUUGAAACAAACGUUAAUAUCAGAAGAAGCUGAGAAUACUAACGUGAACCCUGGGACACACGUGUAUCCAUUUUGCCUACAGAUUCCUCAAGGGCACUUUCCAUCAUCCUUUGAGGGAAGCCAUGGCAACAUUAGAUACAAACUCGAGGCCAAGAUGAAGCGAUCUUGGAAAGUGACAAAGAAAGCAUCAGCCAAAAUAAACUUUGCAACCAAGUUAGAUGGAGACGCUGCUCAGCUUAUGUCACCCCAGUUCGGAGAAAAAGACAAAAAGAUGAAUAUAUUCUCAUCUGGCAGCCUUUCUUUUAAAGCUCAGCUAGAAAAGACAGGAUACAUACCAGGAGAAAUGCUUGUCGUUCAAGCUGAGAUUCUCAACUCUUCAUCCCGUAAUCUCAAACCCAAGUAUAAACUCGACAAGAAAAUCACAUACAUUGCACAUUCAUCAACCAAAAUAGAACGAGCCACUAUAUUCAAAGAGGAAGGGUCUCCAAUCCAUUCUAAAGAUCAUCAAACUGUCACCCAGGAGUUGAGGCUUCCCACAUCCCUUCCCCCAACCAUUUUGUUCUGCAAGGUCCUCCGACUUGAAUACAAAUUAAAGGUCUACAUUGAUGUUCCAUAUGGUUCAGACCCAGAGAUCAAAUUCCCUGUGGUUAUUCUGCCGAUGUACAGGCAUGGUCCUUGGAUGUCUGGAGGUCCAGUACCCUUUGGCCAUGGCAGCAAAUCCCAGUGGAAUAAUCAGCCUCAUCAGCCGGGAGCUGCUGGAGCUCCACAUUAUUUGUACCCACCAGAACAAAGGCAAUAUCCCCAUCCAGGUCCUCCUCCACCAGCGCACCCAAUAGCAGCCAAUCCAGCCAUACAUCCGCCUCCAUUCUACAACCAACCAGGAGCAGCAGCAGCAGCAUAUCCAGUCCCAGCUGUUUCUCUACCAAUGCAACCAACCGCAACCGACCAACUGCCCCCACCACAGUACGACCAGGUGACACAUCCAGCGCCAAGUGCACCACCGUUGUACCCUACGCUACCUACAUCUGAUUUUCUUUCAUCUCCAAGUGCACCACAGUACGUUCCUGGGGCAGUUGGCCAUGAUUUUCUGUCCAACCCCAGUGCCCCGCAGCAGACUCCAGGACCUGCUGCACCUUCGUUCCUAUCAUCCCCCGGUUCAGCGUCUACUGACCCUGGGUAUGAUCCCCCUACCUACGAAAUGGUAUUCCCCAAUCCACCGGCAUCAGGAAGCUCUCCAAACUCAACUGCCUCAGAUCCCACGCCAACUAAACCUCCAUCCUAACCAACCAAUGCCUAUUUGUAUAAGUGCCUUGUAUAAGUCACACUGAGGUGGCUAGUGUGAUGACAUCUGUAAGGUAUCCAUUCAUUUCACUCCAUCACAAAUAAGUGCUUUUCAUAUCACAGCAAAUUGUAUGUACUACGGCUCCGAGCAAAUAUGUCGUCUGUCAUCUCAGAAGAGUUCCACAACAUGUUCACAAUGUAAAUCAGUCCAAGAAUAGGAAAAAAUAAUCAUCAAAACAGGGGUUACUAACCCUGAAAAAUAAUAAUGAAAAAAAAACAAACACUGGCUUUAAUUGUAUACUGAAGCUCUAGGAUCCUUUAGUCAAGUUCUCAUGUUCUCUCUUAGCUCUAUUACACUGUAAUCAAUGAUUAUCCCUAGUCCAGUGCAUAUGAGACCACCUCCUCCAUUGCCUUUGAAGAUAGACGGUUGUGUCUUGUAUCAGUCAUAGGCUGCAUGUUAUGUAGAGUUCAUUUCAUUGUCUGUCUUGCAUUAACAAACAUCUCAGUACAUUUUACAUACAAUCAAUGUAUUUAUGUAAAAUCUAAAAAAAUAUUUCACAAAGGUGCAAUCACUGCUGCCCGGUUUUCAAAGGUGCAAUCACUGCUGCCCUGUUUUACAAAGAAAACCUUUAAGAUUAUUUUACAGUGAUACAUUUAAAGGAAAAACACUCCGGGGGAACACAGAAUGAGCUGCAAUGUUUAUCAGGCUACAGUACGUGUUCGUUAUUCUAAGGGAACAUUAUCUAAGAAAGACAUUUAUAGUUUUGUAGCAAACCAGUAAUAUGAUUUUACAUCUUAAAGGCAGCCAAAUGUAUAUUGUUUGAACAUAGAUUAUGCAUAACAUGCAUUAUUUUAAAUAGUAAACAUCUGAAUUUAUAGUCGUUACACUUUUGUAAGAAUAAGAGUACCUGGCACUAGUGUACUAAGCAAGCAGUUUCAUAAAUGUGGUGGACUACAUGCACUCAUGCAAACUUGCUGUUCAUUACGUUGUUGCCUGGGUGAGAUUUUGUGUGCUAAACAAAAAUAAAGGUGUA